AUAGUUAACUGAUAUUUUAUAUUUUCAAAAUGAUGAGAAACAUCGCUGUACUCCUUGCUAUUACGGCCGCCGGCUUCCAAAUUAACGCUAUGCCAAUCGACUUGGCAGAUUGCCCAUUCCCAAAUGGCACUGACAAGCAGAUUCACUCGUACAUGUGCUCCGACGGUGAGCAGUUCUCAAUCACCGACAUCCAAACGUUGGAUAGCAAAGGAAACCCUCUCUACCCAAUCGACCCGAGCCAUCCGUUCAUUUUGAACCUCACCACCUACAAUCACGGACCACAGAUCGACGAUAAUCAUGUGAACGUGAAGAUCAAUCAGUACAAGUCGGGAUGGCAGGGCGGCUGCUCGUGGACCGCACUUCCCACAUUCGGAUUGUUGAAUGGAAUCGAUGGAUGCGAAUUUGCACACAACUGCCCACUCACGUCGGGACCACUCUUCUUGAUUCUUCCGUUGGAUUUGAGCCAAUUCUCGGCGAUUAUUGACUUGAUUGCUGCUAAUAAGCCGUACGAGCUGGAAAUCCGAAUGUUCAACUACAACGCCGGUGACACAAAGCACGAGGAGAUCGCGUGUGUUAUGGCUCAAGUUGAGUUGUCUUAAGCAUGAAUGCUCCGUCCGUUCGUUCGGGAAUUGUAUGUGUACAUCGAAGAAGAAGAAGAAACAAAAUGUCAUGUGUGAAACUACGUGUCGCCGAUAUAUAUAUAUAUAAUAAUCAUCAUCAUCAUAACUAUAACUUUUGCAAAUAAAUAUAUAAUCAAUCGU